CUCAGCUGCUCUUCCUGCACGAGGACAUAGCGCCACCGUGAGGCCAAGACACAGUGAUGCUGAAGGAGCAGGGCUGGGCACCAGCAGCAGCAACAACGCUGUUCAUAAUCCUCCCCUUGUCGGAUGCUGAUUGUCCGUAGAGACCCUGCAGGAUGCAUUAAGGGUCAAAGGUGAGUUAGUGAGGCCGAGAUGAGUCUGACUUCUUGGUUCCUGGUCAGCAGCGGGGGGACGCGUCAUCGUCUCCCCAGGGAGAUGAUCUUUGUGGGGAGGGACGACUGCGAGCUCAUGCUGCAGUCCCGCAGUGUGGACAAGCAGCAUGCUGUCAUCAACUAUGAGACAAAUACAGAUGAACAUAAAGUGAAGGACCUGGGCAGCUUGAAUGGGACAUUUGUCAAUGAUGUCAGAAUACAGGAGCAAAUCUACGUCACACUGAAAAUUGAUGACAAAUUGAGGUUUGGAUAUGAUACCAACCUGUUCACUGUGGUUCGAGGAGAGAUGCACAUUCCAGAGGAGGCCCUAAAGCAUGAAAAGUUCAGUAUCCAGCUGCAGCUGAACCAGAAGAAACCUCCAGAGGUGGAAUUGGCAAAAUCUGAGGCGCUACCCUCUGAAGCAGCAGCGGCAGCAUCAGCUUGUGAAGGGGCCGCUACCAAACCCCCCGAAGCCAGCAGGGUGGAGGAAAAGACAGCAAGGGACGGAGCAGUGUUGCACAGAAUCACGCCCCUCUAUGGCCAGCCGGCAUGGUGGGGAGACGAUGACCAGCAACCAGGGAGGCCCGAGGAGAAGAGCUCAGAUCGGAAGCGAGAAAAAGCUGAAACAGACAGCAAAAAAAGUACAGUGGUCCCAAAGUCUUCCCCACAAACAGCUUCCAACCAGGAGCCUAGUUACUUUGAGAUCCCAACCAAGGAUACUUCCUCAGCAGGUAAAGUGAGUGGGGAACCCCCUUCACAAGAACAAGAGGCUGGUGGUUCUUCUGCUGCAGAGCCCAUCCACGGCCACGCCUCCUUCACCAUUGAGUUCGACCCUGGCGAAUCAGGUAAAGUGACCGUCAAAGAUCGAGUGGCAAAGGUGGGCCCGGAGACCAGACCGCACCCUAAAAGAGUUGGGGAGGAGCUGAGUCCACUUCAGACAGCCAUGGUAGCUGCGGAGGUUAAAGUUGCAGACUGGCUGGCCCAGAAUGAGCUGCCGUUGGCCAUGAAAGACACGGUUGCAGAGGAUGAUGGGGAAAGUGUAAAGAGUGAUGUGCCUGUACAACUGAAGAGUCUUAAAGGCAGUAAACAUGAGGACGGCACUCAGAGUGACUCAGAGAACGCACUUGGCGAGCAGCGCAGGGCUGCCGCAAUGGAGGAACGCUCGUGGGGGCUGUGGGGCGGUGCAGGGAUGAAGAUCAGAGAGGGUCGCGCUAACGUACCAGAGGGGCUCUUUGCAGAGGAGGACAGUCCUGCUCGCCGUCGCAAGUCUUCAACUUCCAAAAUGGCAGGUGGAUUUGUGGACAGACGACGGGGCUCUGCACCACAUCAGCAGAGUUGCCGUGAUGAGUGCUAUCACCAUGGGGAUGAUUAUAGUGACAGGGGGACCUAUACUAUUGAGCUGGAAAAUGGCGAUCAUGAGGAGGAAGAGGCUAGGAAAAUGAUCGACAAGGUGUUUGGUGUGGAUGACCAUGAGGGGGUGUGUGUGUCCAGGUUGGGUGGUGCUGACCAAAAAGAAAGGCUUACCUCCCAGAGGUCUGGUACCGGAGACAGAGGAAAGCCUGGACGCAUGGAGACAGAGGUACUAUCUGAGGAAUUGAUGGUGGGCGGUCCUCGCUGGGUUUCGCAGUGGGCCACUCUGGCUGCCAGUCACAUUAGGACAGACCCUGAGGGAUCAGGAGGAGAGAGUCACAUCAUGGUCACAGAGGACAGAGCUGAAAUAAGUGAGUCCAGCUACUCAGCCUCCUUUGCCUCGUCUAGCUACACGGAGCAAAAGAGGAGAACCCUGCCUCAGCUGCCAGGUGAGGAGCUCACCCUAGGAAGGAGGACCCCAGGCUCCGGCUUGCGUACAGAAUUGGGGGAGAAACAGGACACAGAGCUACAGGAGAAGGAGAGCCAGAAGACGGCCAGUGAAAAGAAUCGGCCAGGUCAUGGCGUUGGCGGUGCGGGCAGUCACAGUGGUAGCCCCAGUCGCUCCUCACCAGCCAAGUCACAGGACAGUGCUGGAGGGAGGUCAUGCCAGUCAGGUGUGUUGACUAAGCUCCCCCCUCGUCCACUGACCAGCGGGGAGAAAAGACUGGAGGAGGCACGGAGGAGGAAAAAGGAAGAGGAGAAAGCUAGGGAAAGUAGCGGGAAGCCAUUGUUGAGACAGGAGAGUUUUACUGUGGAGAAACCAAGCUCCAACAUGCCCAUUGAGCUCAGACCUUGUAUCGAUGGGCUCAAAAGCAGCAGAUCUCAGAGCAGGGAGGCCGGCACUGACAGCGCCACACUGCAGAAAGACUCAGAAGCCGUGGCAGCCUUUUUAGAGACGACUGUGUCAGACCAAGGUGAUCCACCAAGUCAGUCCAUUGAAGGCUCCAUGUCACCAGAAUCAGACGUGGACACAACAAGCACAGUAAGCCAGGCUGAUGGAGCCAGAAAAGUAAUCCAAAAACGGCGGACUCUUGCAGGACAGCAGAAGGAGAGAACUGUAGUGUGCUCAUCCGGCAAAGGCCCCGCUGGGGGCAGAGAGGCCCAGGACAGGAGGGUCAAGACCAGGGCAUCUGGUCCUCUGCAGCCCAGCCGCCCCUGGACUUCCCUAGACCUCACUGAUGAUGAUGUCAACUCCAACUCACUCCUCUCUGACUCCCAGCCCACUUCUACAUCAAGAAAGGAAUCUAGAAGCUCACAUACCAGAGCCCAGACUGGGAGCACAACACUGGGGGCUGGCACCAAGUCUAGUCGGGCUAAAAUCAACCAGGGCCCAGCCUCCUCUGCAGCCAGUAAAACCACCAAUGUUCCCAAGCCCAGACCCACCAGGGCGUCCCUGCUGAGGCGAGCCCGCCUUGGGGACUCCUCAGACAAUGAACCUGUCGAUCUUGACCGGAUGUCGGUAGCUUCUGAGGCCUCCACCGCAAGUUCCACAUCCAGGACAGGGAUGGCAAGAAGGGGAAUGUCCAGGAUAGAGGCUCUGGCACAGCCGAGGAAGCCGAGGGUGGGCUCCCCGUCCGCCCAGAGUGACUCAGAGGCCACUGUGACAAGGAGCAGAGGUCUAGGGGUCCGGAGUGCUGCAGGUGAUUAUGCCAUAAGACAAGGUCUAAGAGGGACUAAUAUGACCUCAGUGUCUGGACCCAGAGCUCGGGCUAACAGCGCCUCCAAGCUGCCUGACAAGAAUAAAGGCACCUCCUCAUAUGGACAAGUCACACCUGCGUCUGGCACUCGGUGGCGCCGCGUGCCUGUGGAGUAUGCCUCCACCUCAGAGGACGAGUAUGGCUCAAACCGCCACAUAUCCAAGCAGGGCCACUCACUGCCGUUCCCUUCCACUCGGGUAAGCCAGCUAGGAGGGUCAGCCCUAGCAACUCCUAAUCCUGCAGGCCUGUCUGCCCUGAAGCAGCACUCCAGGGAACAGGACGAGUAUAUGAGAGACUGGACAGCACACAGCGAGGAAAUAGCUAGAAUAAGCCAGGACCUAGCCAAAGACCUAGCCAUGCUUGCCAGAGAAAUUCAUGAUGUGGCAGGAGAAAUAGACUCAGUCAGCCCUGCAGCCACUGACCCUGGAGCGCUGAUGGAGGAGCCUGUAUUUGAUGACAGCUUGGAGCCGAGUGGUCCUUCUGCAGAGCACAGCAGUAUUCUGGGAACCAAUGUGCGGUCUGUGGAGCUUCGACCCCAAAGCUCUAGUGGACAGAGCUCCCGCUCCAUCCGCCGACAGACAUGGAAUAGAGAAGAUGCGGUGCUAGAUGGUUUACUACUAGCAUCUGUCACUCAGCUCUCAAUGAGGAUACGUCAGUCUGUUGACAAAACAACUUGCAAAAUCAGGAUCCUCUUUAAGGAUAAAGAACGAAAAUGGGAAGAGAUUGAGAACAAACUGCAGGCAGAGCGUGACUCCUUGCUACUCAAGUGCUCCAAUAAGGAAAUUUCAACCAUUAUUCAAGACCUGAGGAGAGUGGAAAGACAACUGCUUGUAAUUGACAUGAUGGUGGACCCAGACGGCACCCUGGAUGCCCUGUCCAAUCUGGGCCUAACCAGCCCUCUGACUGACCAAAGGACCAGCCCUGGGACUCAGCAGGGGGCGUCGAUGUUGCACUCUGGAGCUGAAGCGUCCUCCAGCACACUCUCAAGGCCUGAAGGACGGGACACUGAAUUAUGCAGACCUUCAGGCCAUGUGGAGGUAGCAGAGCGAGACCCAGGGCCUGAAACCCAGAGCCCGAGAUCCUACAACUGAUACACCAAGUACAUCAUUCAGAAUGCAUCCUUUAUGUUGGACAUAUAUUGAAGGUGUGAAGUGAGAAGUAUUUGGUUUCAGACAAAGGGGGAAAGAGGAAAGAGAAUAAUUGCCUAUUGGGUGGGAAAGCCUGACUGUCAAUCAAAGUGACUCGUGAUAGGACAUUGUAAAGGUCCAACACUACCAAAUAGCAGCUCUUGUCAGAUAUAUAUUAUGAAACAUAAUAAUUUUUAUUUGUUAGCUAAUGAAAAAGCUAUGAAUUAAUAUUCAGUAACCCAUAUGUGUUUUUGUGUUGCAGCUCAUUCUUAUUAUACAUUAUCCUUUAUAAUAUUUAUAAAAGAAGAACACAUGUAAAAAUUGAGAGGAUUCAAUGUGAGAGAUUAACUUAAGAUGAUUUAGGCCAAUGCAGAAACCCAAACUAGAAAGGUCAAAAGGUGUGUGUGAAAAGUGUUCUUCUAUCCUGCCAUAUAAUUAUUUAUUUAAUAUAUAUAUAUAUAUAUACAUAUAUAUAUUGUUGGCCUGUUGCCAUUUCAAUCCCCAAUCCUGUCUCAGUAAUGAUGUUCCAUCAGAAAAGGCCAUGUUGCUUAUUUGCUGUGAAAAGAACUGAGUGUGUACAGUAUGUGCCAAUGUAAAUGUUUAUUAUAGUUCAAUUGAAAACUCCCAUCCAUGCCGGUUUUCUUUUUGUGGCUAUGUCAUAUGAAACCAGUGUAUCAAAGAUGGACUGUGUGUGUUAAUAGAAACUAUUAAAUCAAAUGUAGCUCCCAGAAAGGUUUUCCUUUUCCAAAUGUAUUUCGUCACAAGUGCCCUGGGUCAAACAAUCAUUACAGUUGGAGAUGAGGGAUGCUAAAGUAUACCGGAGAGGUGGUGGAUAUGAAAUUUGUUUUGCACAGUACAAAGCUGAUAUAUGUUAAUUUUCAUCUCUGAUUGACCAGCACAUGAUGUGCCCCUGCGGCACUCCUGUAUCAUGUCGAUGUCCUUGAUCAAAAACAAAAGCAAGGUGAAAGCCAGCUGCCUGCAGACAAACAAAAUUAUAUUUUGAUCAUAAACAACAUGUUGUGUUUGAAUCCUCCAAGUCCUGCAGCUGUGUUUUAUUGGUAAUGAUGCAAAGAGAAGAAUGCACAGUGUAAUGACUGUAGGUUUUCCAGUGUCUUGCCUCAUACCAAUGUUUACACAUGAAUGUAACCUGAUCAGAACUGUUGAAAACAUUUUAGCCAAAACAACUUGAACAAAGACUGAUAAUUGCAUUUUGUGCUCAACACUUUCUGUACUUUGUUUUUGUUUGAGCAUUUUGAGAGUUUUUAUUUGAACGUUUUGUAUACCGUUUUUUCUUUGUAAUGAUGUUUGGUUAAAUGUUGACCUUGCAAUACCUCUGUAUCGUCGGUCUCAUUUCCAAUAAAAUGCAUGAUAAUCAUGA